AUGGAAGAUGAACCGGGGUUGCAGGGAGAAACUCACAAGAGUAACCUAGAGUCAGAAUUAGCAUGGUACAAGGAGAACUCGGAACAAAUAAAGAAUGAUUUACUUUCAAAAUUGAAUAAAAGUGGGAUUUCUAGCUCGGAAAUGUCUUGUGUAUUGCAAAAUGAGAUGAACGAUAUCGGUAAAAUUUUUUUUGGAAGACCAGUUGGAAACUUUUCCUCUCUCUCAAACAUAAUUCAGAAUAUUUCAAAAAAAAUUACUCUUAACAAUGAAAGCCAUGCAUGCACACACUUACAUGCAAACGCCGGUAUUGAAAAUACAUACGUGGCAGAAAUUUCUCAUAGUUUUUCGGAGAGUAAUGUGGACAAUAAAGAAAUAGAAAAAAGAAAAGAUAAAUAUGAGUUAAAUGAUGAUGUGGAUGAAGUUAUAGAAUUAAAUGUAUUAAGAGGUGAAAGUAUACCAAAUUCAUCCUCUAGCAAGGAGAAUUUGUAUACAAUAUUGAAUAUACAACGGGACUCUGACUUUUCUAGUGUAAAAGGGAAGUCCAGAAAGAAUGCAGUGAAGAAAAGUUCAUCAAACGAAAAAAAGUUACUUAAUGGCAAGAGGAAAGUUCUGGUCAAUGAGAAGGACCAGGAUUGGGAAAGGGAUGAUUUUGAAUGGUCAGAGGAAAUGAAAAAAAUCAAUGAACAGGUUUUUGGAAAUGAAUCAUUUAGGUCGAACCAAAGACAGAUAAUGAAUGCAGUGGUUUCUCAGCGUGACGUUUUUGUGAUGAUGCCAACAGGAGGGGGAAAAUCACUUUGUUUCCAACUUCCAGGUCUGUUGAAAUACAACAAUCCAGCAAGUUUGACAGUAGUUAUCAUGCCACUAGUGGCAUUGAUGGUUGAUCAAAUUGAGCAGCUUAAUAUUCUCGGAAUUAAAUGUGCCAGUUUGAAUAGUAAUCAGUCAGUAGCGGAGGUGAAUAAUAUCAUGAAUUUGCUAAAAAAAGGCGAUACUGGAGUUUGUCCAAAUUUUUUAUUUGUGACUCCUGAAAAGCUUAAGCAUUCCAAAACUUUGUUUUCUUUGCUAAAGCAGCUUAAUGAAGAAUCCAGGCUCUUAAGAUUUGCAAUAGAUGAAGCCCAUUGCGUUUGCCAAUGGGGAUUUGAUUUCAGGCCAGACUAUAUUCAGCUCUGCAAACUCAGGGAAGAAUUUCCAAAUGUCCCAAUAAUAGCUUUAACAGCCACUGCUACCCACAGUAUCUUGAGUGAUGUGAUUAAACAACUAAAGAUGCGAUCUCCUGUCAUUUUUAGUCUUUCUUUUGACAGACCAAAUCUCAAGUAUGAGGUGAGAACUAAGAGUGGAAGCAAACAAAAAAUGCUAAAGGAGAUUUCCGAGCUUCUUAAAUCUCCACAGUUUUGCAGAUCAACUAGUAUAAUAUAUUGUUUAAGCAGAAAUGAGUGUGAAGAACUCUCCAAAGACUUGAACAAAGAAGGAAUUUCUGCAACUUUCUAUCAUGGAUCUAUGAAGGAAGAAAAACGGAAUCUUGCUCAGAGAAGAUGGAUGAAUGAUGAAAGGCAAGUAAUGGUAGCAACAAUAGCUUUUGGAAUGGGAAUCAACAAAAAAGAUGUAAGAUUAGUGAUUCAUCUCUCCAUGCCAAAAUCUCUGGAAAAUUAUUAUCAAGAGAGUGGUAGAGCUGGAAGAGAUGGACUAGAGUCUCUAUGCAUAUUAUAUUACUCCUACAAAGAUGUAUCCAGACUGCAAACAUUAGCAGGAAUCAACAUUGAGAAGCCUUCCAAAAAAUCCUAUACUUCAAAAAACAAUUAUUCAAAUAAAUCCACAAUUGAUGGUCUUUUGGGAAUGGUCAAAUAUUGUGAGGAGCAAUACAAGUGCAGAAGAACAAUGGUUCUAAGUCACUUUGGAGAAGAUUUUAAAGGUGAAUGUAAGGUUAAGUGUGAUAAUUGUGUGAGAUCUAAACUGGAAAAACCAGUUAUUGUAGAUGUUGAGAGUAUUGCUAAGAAAGUUUUUUUCUCAGUGAGAUUGAGCCUUCGAGAUCAGGAAAGAGCUGCAAAAACCUAUGGAUUUUUAACACUUUCUAGUUUGGCAGAAAUCUUAAAAGGGAAAAAAAGAUCAGAAAAACUAUCAAAAAGUGCUCCAAAAGACUGUAUUGGCCUCUUAAAGAGUGGAGAUAUUUGGAAACCAGGAAAUCUACAAAGAUUUCUACAUUUAUUUAUUGUAAACCAGCUUUUUUCAGAAAACCUGGUCCAACUUAAAAAUGGGGUAUCUGUGGCUUCUCUUAAAAUAGACAAACAUGCAGAAAACCAAGAUAUUCAUGAACUUGAUUUUUCCUGUUUCAAAACAUUCCAACUAGAAUCUAUGUACUCCACUCCUAUUUUGGAGCCAAACACUAUGAAUGCAUAUCAAGGUACUGUAUCUUCUCUUUCCUCGUUUUCCUACAACUCUCAAAUCAUUUCUCCUGUUACUUCCCGUAAUUUACAGUCCAUUUCUGAUAAAAUGGAGAGUAUAAAUCAUAAGAAUCCUAAAGAUUCCAGGAGAAAAAGGCAAUUCAAUGAUAAAGGAUCACCGCAUACAAUAGCUAAGAAGAAGCAAGCGAAUUUGAUUUACCAAGAAUCAGAUAUUGAAAGUGAAAGGUUAAAAGAUUUUAGAACCCAACUACUCUUACUUAGAAGAAACUUAGCUGCUGAAUUUGGAAUUUCUAACACCAACUCUAUUGCAUCAAAAGAAGCUAUCGAUGCACUUGUUGAAAAUCUCCCACUCUCUUUGGAUGCUCUUAAAACCCUUCCUGGAUGGGGUGCCAGACAAAAACUUGAAAGAUUUGGUCUUAGAUUUAUUUCUAAAGUCAGAGAUUUUGUUGACUCCAAAUCAACCAGUAUGUUUUACACUGAUAAAAACUAUACUUGUCCUAUUGACCUUAUUAAUCCUGAAGAUCUGGACAAAGAACUAGAUCUUAUUUGGCAAUAA